UUACGCUUUUAACCAGUUUUAGUCUUUUUUAGAUUGUGAUUUGUUUAAUAUCUUUGUUUAAUUAUUAUUAUUUAACUAAUUAUGGAGAGUAUCAAGUUUAUUAUUAGCGAGUUGAAUAAAGAGCCAUUCAAGAAAAAUUUAAACCUGGUUACUUAUGAUAAUCUUACAGGUGAACAAAGGAUUCAAAUUUUGUUUGACAUCUUUCAUGUUAUUGAUGAAACGAUUACCUCAGAUAUUCUAGAGAUUUCCGAUGGUGAAGAGGUUGUUAUCAAAAUAAUGGAAAUGCUCCGUAUUCUUAAGUAUACUCCACCAUCUAAUAUUGAACCGAGCUUAUUCCGGCAAAAUUUAAUUUCCGGUGAAAGGAAUACGUAUACUCACAUUUUCAACUACCUGUUAAGUAAACUGACUGAGCUUAAACAACGAGCUUAUUUGGCACGAUUUUUAGUUAAAAUUGAGGUUUCCCCGGACGUGGAAGGAGACCAAGAUAUUGUUCAAUUGUACGAACAGUAUGAACAGCUGAUUGAAAAUUUCAAAAUGGUCCACAGCAUGAAUCAGAAUUUGAAGAAGAGUUUAAGCUCAAUUUCAAGAGUUACAACACAAAUACGUUCACAGACUAUUGAAUUGGAAUCUAUUAAUGAAAAGAUGAGCAAGCUAAAGGUUCGAUUGAAGACAGCUCAGAUGCAACGUCAAAUGGGUGUUACACCUCAAGAUAUUCUAGAAAAAUUGGAAGAAGAAGUUGAAGCUAAACAACGUUUGGUCAAGGAAAUCUUACCUCAGGAGUUAGCCUCUAUAGAACGUUAUAUAUCAGACAUUCAAGAGAUACAAUCACAACCAGAAGUUUUACCUAAUUUUCUUGAGAAAAUCAAAAGUAAAAUUCAAACUUUAAAUCGAGAGAUCAAUGAAACAAUCGAAAAGAAAAUGUUGACUAACGAUGAUGCUGAUGAUGAAAAAUUAGCUCUUGUACGACAAAGUGCAGCUCUUGUGUCCAAAAAACGUUCCAAUUUACAAGAAACCGUUAAGGAAGCUGAAUAUGAAUUGGAGGAACUCAAUAAGAAGCUAGAAGAAAAAAAGCAAAUGUUUGAUGGAGAAGAGAUACUGAAAGGAGAAGAGUUGAAAAAAUUUGUAAAUGAUGUCCGUAACAAAGGAAACGAUUACAAACAAAAAAGACGAGAAUUGGCAGAAAUUCGUACAGAAUCGGCCAUUUUAACAAGAACUGACGAGAUUUUAAAGGAAAAAUGGACACGAUUGCGUCAAAUAUUGAUUACACUUGAAGAGCAAAGAGGAAUUGCUGGCUAUUUUACGUCUCAAAAUGAAUCUGACAAACAACAAGAAAUAGAUGAUAAUGAAGAACAAGAUACAGAAGACUUAAGAUCCACAAUUAAUGAAUUGACAGAGCAAAUUAAUGCCAAGAAAAGUGAACUGGCUCCAUUAGUUAAAGAUCUUCGCCCCUUGAGACAGCAAUGUCAAGAUCUACAAAUGGAUUGUGAUCGAAAGAAAUCCAAAUAUGAUUCAUUGGCAGCUAAUUUGGAGUCUAAUAUCGUUAAAAUUGAAUCAAUAGUUAAGAAAAUGAGGCACGAAUCAAACUCUCUUUUAUCGACAAAAUUUAUACUCGAGAUGGAAUUAGAAGCUUUGAAUGCUAUCCAGUCUUUGGUUGAUCUUGAACUUCGAUAUUAUGUGGCCAAUGCUGUCGAUGAUAGAGAAAAAAGUUGGUUAGUCAAGAUAGAAAAGGAUAUCGCAAAUGAGGAGGAGGUGAGAAAUGAUCUGAGGAUAAGGAUGAAAGAAUUACAAGAUAACGAGAACAAUGCUAAGAAACAAUCAAAAAUGUGGCAGGAUCUGAAAGAAUUGAUGAGAGUUAAAAAUGAGUGCUUUGAAAGGCGAAAAGAGCUGAUUCUUCAUCCAUCACAAGAAAAAAAGGACCAUCUUAUUCUGUAAACAGGACUGGU